AAUAUUUCGAUAAAGUUUCCUGAUUAUGUCUCACUACAAACUUUGGAAUGUAUAAAAGUAUUUGUGGACAAAAUAACAAUGGAUAUUUAUUGCAACAUUUCAAAACCUAUACAAGGAAUUGUCUUGAAUGGAUCGUCAGUGACACGAUUAUGUUCACUUUACAUCAGUAAAGGUAACAUUUAAUAAUACUUCACCCAUUCUAACUUAUUAAUCAGUAUUUUAUAUUACUUUUCCAAUAAAACCAUACGUUUUGCAUGCACUUUUUAAGGCAUUUAACAGCUGAGACAAAAGAUACAUUAAAAAAAAAGUGAUGCAUACAUUUACUUGUAUGCUGAUCCCUUUUACAGUCAAAAACCUUUUCUUUAUUAUUUCUUAAUAUUACUUUUAAACAUUAAUUGAAAUCCAAACACAGUACUUUAAAGUCAUAAUAUUAGGUUAGUACUCAAGCGAGUAAAGCAUUGCACUCAAUUUAUUUUUGCAUAUGCUUAUAUAUCUCCAUGAAAAAUGUUUGCAAAUUAUUGCACUUUGCCACAAAAGUCCAUGUCAACUGACCAUUUAAAGUAAGACUUAAAAGACAACUAUAUAAUAGUUUGUACAAUGAACUCAUAUAACUAAGCAAAAAGAGCUUUGUAAAUAAGACCAUGAUAACUCAAAUCUAAGAACUUUAAAAAUUAACAAAUUUUUCAUAAAUCAAUUGAUCUGCAGGUCGAAAUGUUGCUUUAAGACAAGCAACAUCUCAAACAUCAACAUACAGUGAGUCCCCAUUUUACUUUUCAAGCACUGCUGUAGAUGGUAAUGCUAAC